AUGCCGCUCGACAUUGCUGCAUCGGCCUUUUUGGAAGGCCCACAAACCAUUCCCGGUUGGGAUUACAUCCGCGCGUACGGUCCUACGGUGGCGACCUUGGCAGCUGCAAAAUAUUACUUUGGCGGUACCACAAGUGAAUGGGAACGUGAUAUGCAUGGAAAGGUGUUCAUGGUGACAGGAGGAACCUCGGGUAUGGGUGCGUAUAUGGUUGACUAUUUGGCACGUAAAGGUGCUCAGAUUGUGUUGUUGGUUCGAACCACAGAAGAUCCAUGGUUAACGGAUUAUGUGGAGAAUCUCAGAGAGUCCACGGGAAAUUUCAUGAUAUAUGCGGAAACCUGCAAUUUGGCCGAGUUGUACUCGAUCCGAAAAUUUGCAACUCAUUGGCUUGAUAAUCAGCCCCCACGUCGUCUCGAUGGAAUUAUAUGCUGUGCCAACGAAUCUAUGCCGGCAGGGAAACCUCGGGCUGUUUCUGUCGAUGGUUUGGAGAGACAGGUAGCGGUCAAUUAUGUGGGUCAUUUUCAUCUUUUGACUUUACUAGCUCCAUCUUUGCGGGUUCAACCUCCAGAUAGAGACGUCCGUGUAGUGUUGGCAACAUGUUCAACCAUGGCUGCUGGAACAAUUGAUCAAAAUGAUCUUUUGUGGCAGUCUCGAAGAUACCCAUCUUGGCAGCCGUGGAAAGUCCAUGGAAGCUCCAAAUUGUUGCUGGGGAUGUUCGCCAAGGAAUUCCAGAGGCAAUUGAAUCGAUAUGAAAGGCCAGAUAAAGCUCCUUGUAAUGUUCGAAUCAACUUGGUCAAUCCUGGUGUUGUUCGUACUCCACUGACAAGACGUCAAUUGUCGUUGGGAACAGUUUGGGGGUUAUUGGCUUAUGUUUUAAUGUUUCCAUUGUGGUUUAUCUUUCUUAAAAGUGCUGCGCAAGGUUCUCAGCUGAUAAUAUUUGCAUUGUGUGCGCCAAUUUUGGCACAACUGGAUACUGCAAAUUUAGUGCAAGAGUGUAAGAUCCAGUCGAAAUUGCGUAAGGAACUCAUGGAUCAAGAAUUGCAGGAAAAGGUGUUCAAAGACACUGAAAAGUUGAUCGAGAAACUCGAACGAUCGAGUGCGGUGAUUAGAAACAGAAACAAAAAAGAUGACAAAAAAAAAGAUGACAAAACGGGAAAGGAAACAAAAAAGAGAAAGAAUAAGAAUUAUGUUGCUGAAAAACCGAAAACUGAAGCUGAACUCGACAACCGUAUCUCGCAAUUACGCCUGCUGUUGGGUAUGGGAGGAACCAAAGAUGCGUUGUUUCCUGGUGCCCCAACUACAUAG